CUUGAACGAGGCUGAAGUGUUUCCAGUGAUUUUUCACAAAUCGAAUGACAUUUUGUGACUUUUUCGACAAUAAGAAAUCAUCAGUGUACCCGGUUCCACUGACUUUCCAGCUAUCCGGAGCGCUGAAAUCGGUUUCCGGGUGUGUUGAAGACUAUAAAUAGCGCGAGACUGAAAAUCAAGUGAGUUCAAUGCUAGGUCGCACUAGAAACCUGAUGGGAUAUCUUUUAGUCGAAUAAUUAAAGCAUGAAUCAGUGACUGACAAUGUGGUAAGAUAAGCGAAGCCAUAAAAUGGAUUGGAAUACUGGAGAUCUGAUAUGGUUUGAUCCAGGGGUCGGCCAUUGGCUUCCAGGAGAAGUUCUGGAAUAUCAUCGCAGUGCAAAGGUUCUCACAGUUCAGGCUGUUAUCAAUGGAAAGCCGCAGACUUUCGCUCUGGCAGACGGCGAAGGGCAAGUGCGCCUGCGCCAAGAUCUCGGCUCCAUGGGCGUGGAAGACAUGAUCCAGCUGUCAGAUUUGCACGAAGCUGCGCUGCUCUGGAACCUGAAGCUGCGCUACGACAGAGACCUGGUCUACACUUACGCCGGCAGCAUCUUGGUCGCAGUCAACCCUUACAGGACACACGAUGGAAGCUAUGGUGUAGAGACUGCCCAGAGAUACAAAGGGAGGAUGAUAGGGGAUUUACCACCGCAUCUGUUCGCUCUUGGAGCAGCUGCUUAUGCUGCUUUACCAGCACCGCAGGUAGUGGUGAUCAGUGGCGAGAGCGGCUCAGGCAAGACCGAAUCCACCAAGCUGGUGAUGCAAUACCUGGCAGCUGUUGCCCCUUCAGCGCCCAGAGGCCAGGCUCUGGUCACCGAGCAGAUCCUGGAAGCGGCUCCCCUCUUGGAAGCCUUCGGCAACGCUCGUACGGCACGGAACGACAACAGUUCCCGGUUCGGGAAGUACCUGGAGGUGUACUUCAAGCAAGGUUCCAUCAUCGGGGCCAAAUUGACGCAGUACUUGCUUGAGAAGUCCAGGAUAGUGACUCAGGCGCCAGGCGAGAGGAACUAUCACGUGUUCUACGAGUUGCUGGGCAGUAUGAACAAUACGGAGAAGCAGAAGUAUGGGCUGAUUGAGGCUGAUAAAUAUUUCUAUCUGAAUCAAGGAGGUGCAGAUUGUUCUCCUGGGCACUCAGGUUCCGGAGCUGACUGGAGGGCUCUUACUAGAGCCAUGGAGGUAUUGGGAGUAGGCGAGUCCGAACAAGAAGGAAUCACAAGGAUGCUGGCUUCUGUCCUGCAUCUGGGAAACGUUUAUUUCCACAGAAGACAAAUGAGGCACGGCCAGGAAGGAGUGGAAGUAGGAUCCGAUGUGGAAAUCAAGUGGGCGGCACAUCUUUUGCAAAUCUCGUCGAAUGGAUUGCAACGCGCUCUGACGUCAAGGAUCACGGAGGCGCGAGCAGAAAGAGUGUAUUCCCCGUUGAGCAUAGACCAAGCGCUCGACGCCAGAGACGCUUUCGCCAAGGCGCUUUACUCGGCGCUCUUCAAUUGGUUGGUUACGAGAAUCAAUUCAAUAGUACAGAAAGGAGGUUUACAUGACGCAGCUAGAAUAUCCCUUCUAGAUAUUUUUGGUUUCGAGAACCUCAACGAGAAUUCAUUCGAGCAACUUUGCAUCAAUUUUGCAUCAGAAUCCCUACAGCUUUAUUUCAAUAAGCACAUCUUCAAGUUAGAACAACAAGAAUAUGCCAAAGAACGACUCGAAUGGACCAACCUCACUUGGGUGGAUAACACCCCAGUGAUUCAUCUCUUGGGGAAGAAACCUGUCGGCAUCCUUCAUCUCUUAGAUGACGAGAGCAACUUCCCCAAAGCCUCCGAUUCUUCCUUCUUAGAAAAAUGCCAUUACAAUCAUGCCCUGAAUGAACAAUAUUGCAGACCCAGAGUUGGAGGAAGAGAGUUUGGGAUUCGACAUUUUGCUGGUCAAGUCUGGUAUUCGGUGGACGGUUUUUUGGACAAGAACCGUGACGCUUUGAGGCCGGAAGUAGUGGAUCUGAUAGCUUCCAGUAAGGACCCCCUGGUCAGUGCCAUAGCGAAGCCUCUGGUCAGCCAUGCUCAAGCCAGGACGCUGCCCAGAGGGACAGACGGUCGGUUCGUGACCAUGAAGCCUAGAACGCCAACUGUCGCGGCCAGAUUCAGCGACAGCCUCCAACACUUGCUGGACUCUAUGUCGCGGUGCCACCCCUGGUUCGUGAGAUGCAUCAAGCCCAACGAGGAUAAGGCGCCCAUGCGCUUUGACAUGCCCGUCGUGCUGGAGCAGCUCAGGUACACUGGCAUGCUGGACACGAUCAGGAUCAGGCAGGCGGGGUAUCCGAUCAGGAUGAAGUUCCAUCAGUUCGUCGACAGAUAUCGAUACCUACUUACGCGGAUUCCAAGGGGAGCCCCAUACAGAGAUUUAUGCAGAGCCAUCUUGGAGCAAAUGCCUUCUUCAGGAACAGAGGGGCCAGAUUUCCAGUUGGGUGCUGCUCGAGUAUUUCUACGCGAGAGUCUCGAACGUCAGUUAGAAAUCAAACGUGGAGAAUCACUCAAAGGGGCCGCAGUCUCCAUACAGAAACACGUGCGCGGCUACUUAGCCAGGAAAAAUUACAAACGCACGAGAAGAAGCAUCGUCACCGUGCAAAAGUACUGGAAGGGCUACAAACAGCGCCAAAAGUACGACAAAAUCAGAAUAGGAAUAGUCAAAGCUCAGGCUCUGUACAGAGGCCGGCUCGAAAGAAAAAGAUUCGCCAACAGAAAAGCCGAGUUCAGGAGGAAAGUAGAGGCUGAAAAGGUCGCGAAGGAAAGGGCCAAGCAGAGAGCUGCCAGGGAAGCCCAGCUGCAAGCUCAAGCUCAGAAAUCUGCAGCCAAGAUAACCUCCAAGUCCAGCAUCAACCAUUUGGAGAUUCCUGCAGAGCUAGCCUUCAUCUUCUCCAAACUGGAUACCCACGCUUCCUCACACACCGAGAAGAACUUAAUGAAAGUCCUGGGAGGGGUUAUAGGGUCCCCGCAUCCAGUCAACAUCCCCUCCGAUCUGAACCAGUUCGAGUUCUCCAAGUUUUCCUCGGUUUACUUCAAAGGAGCUGAUCUACACGUGAGACGAGAGCCCAUAACGGCUCCGUUUUUGUCCAAAGCUGCGGCACGAGAUGAAGAUUUCCAGGAUGCUAUAGCUAUCUUCAAACUCAUCUUACGUUGGUCCAAUGACGCUCAGCUCACUGGAUCUAGAGAGAGGGCUCUGGCAGACUACGUGGUCCAUAAGUGCUUAGUCUCGAAGGGCCUGAGGGACGAGUUCCUGGUGCAGCUUUGCAACCAGACUUGGAAGAAUGAUAAUGCCGAUCGAGUCUGGCAGCUGAUGGCGCACGCUUUGAGCUGCUUCCAACCUAGUCCACCCCUAUACAAGUAUCUACUCAAGUUUAUAACCGACUAUGCACCUGCCCAGCUGAAAGAGACGCUGCAGAGAAAGCUGACUAGGAGCGUGCAACGUGCACCUCAUCCAAGAAGGCUCCCUCCGAGUUUGCUAGAAUGGAGAAGCAUCAGGCAAAGGUGCAAUACAGCGCUUACCAUGACCUUAGCUGACAAAACUAUCUCGACAGUCAAUGCUGAUUCCUGGACUACGUGUGAAGAGGCAGCAUCUCUCGCAGUCUCUGCUGUUGGUGUGACGUCAGACGGAUGGACCGUAGUUUUAGACGACAACGGAGUGAUAUCAGAAGGCAGCGGUCUGGACUACAUAAUGGACCUAGUGUCCGAGCUAGAGCUGUGCCCAGGUUUCCCAGCGUCCAAAUCAGCUAGACUCAAAGCCGGCACCAAACGUCAGUCCCCGAUAGAAAUAGACCAUCAUUCUGUGGCUUCGCAACCAUCGCCGACUAGACCGCAAGUACCUCCACCCGAGCCACCAAUAAGCGCCAGCCGUAAGGCAUCCAGAGAGAUCCUGAGAGAGAAAGAAGAUAGCAGGCAGUCUCCCCCAACGCAGCUGGUACCAUCUCGCCACAGCUCCAGGAAGUCUUCCAGAGACACAAGGGAGUAUUCGCAUUCACCUAGAGAGUCGCCGAUCGCCUCUAGCUCUCCGAAUACCAGAAAGACCUCGCAUGACGCUCUAUCUCGCAGUUCGGCUUUAAACGAGCGAUACUUCGAUGUCGAGAAGGUCCGUUCCAGGAGUCUGGAUAACCUGUUGAGCGAACCAGAGCCUACUCCGCUAGCUGACCUUGGGCUCAGUCAGUCCUCCAGGUUGAACGAGAGGUACCACUCUGUAGAGCAACUGGCUCCGAUAAAACCGGUCAUAGCAAACCAGAACUACAUGCCGAAGCAGGAAAUGGAAUUCGAGUAUCCUGAUGUUUCGAGCGUCAGCACCUCUCAUCGAGGUGGUCCCAGAUACAUCAAGUCAGCCUAUGCCGGUAAAAAGGCUCCGCCCGGAUCGCACUCUAGCAAAGCUUACAUCGAGAAGUCCGAGUUUCCUGGACCUAGGAGCUCAGCGAUGUCAGAUACUAGCGAAGCGCCGAGUUUGGCAAGUCACGUGAGGAGGGUGAGGGUGCCUAGUCAAGCUUCUGAUGUCGAUCAGUUCUUGGAUGAACUGUUCAGUCCUGUGCUCGACGGAAAUUUGGACGAACUGAGCGAUGCACGAUCCUUGGCUGCUAGUAUCAAAGGAGGUGGUGAUGAAAUUGGGGAAAAUCAAGGUUUUGAAAAUUUUCUCGACGGAGUUCUAGGGAACGUGCAAGUGGAGGCGAUAGAUAUGUCUAAUGCCAGUGAAGUGGUGUUGAGGAUUAAAGGAGGUGGUCAUAGAACGAGAACCAAUAGCCAAGGCAGUGCUGUUCUAGAUGAAGAAGUAGAAAAGUUGACUAACAAACCAGUUAGAGCUCCGACGCAACAGAAUGGUAACGUUGAUGAUUACAUAAGCGAUCUAUUCAGGCCAAUCUUCAUCAACGACAGCUUGAAGACCCUCACGGAGAAAGACAACUUAGUUGAUAGCAUCAAGGGAGGUGGCACCACUCAGAAUGGUACCGGAACCUCAAGCUAUAGCUUCCCCCAAAUCUCAACCCCUAUAGUGAAUUCCGCCCCUUUGAUGAUGCCCUUACUGAGCCCAACACAAGAAGGGUUUAUGCCAGUUUUCAACAUGCCUGGAGUCUCUGUGGGUCAAAACGGGACCGAAAUCGCUGCCUACCAACAGAACCUGCAACGAGCUUUCCUGCAGUCUGCCAUGGCUCAGAAUAUCCAGAUCCAACAACAACUGCUGGCGCAGAACCAAGCUCUGCAACAGCUGCUCACGCAGCAAUCCACCUCUGGUACUAGUGAAGUCAAAGUCACUGAAACCGUCCAGAAUACGGUCAAGGCCCAAAUACAUCAAACUAGCCCGAACAGGAAGGCUAGUUUCAAGGCGACGAAUGGGAAUGCUAGGAAGAUUAGCUCGCCGAGCUCUUCGGAGUUCAAAUCUCGCAAAGCCAGCUCGGAAUCCAACAUGAGUGUGAUCAGCAGGAGCGGUAUACCUCCGCCUCCGCCACCACCGAUGCCUCCGCCGCUAGAAGACACUGAUCCCAGCGAAACUAGGCCCUUCAUGGACCCUUACGGCCGUGCCAAGACAGUCAGAAUCGGCAAGUGGAGAUGGCCUCCCCCGAAAGAUGGCACCAAUCAAGAGAACGGAGAGAACUUUAUGCACUUCAAGAUGCGGCAGCAUCAGAGGAAGGUCACUCCUGGCAAAGAGCAGUCCGCUAACGGUAAGAUGGAGCAGUCAUCAGGGGAGUGGGAAGAGAUGGACUUCGAGCCGAUGGUGAGGGGUAAUGAGAGGCUGAGUAAGUCUAGUUCGAAGAGGACUUUCGAGAUUGGCGCGGCCAGGCCGUCACCUGGUAGUGUGGGGAAGCUGAAGCUUAGCUCGGAGAUGAGGCAGAGGUUGGAGCUGGUCACGGCUAAUCAUUCGGUGAGGUCGACUAGUAGUAAGAUGGAGAAGCCCGCAAGGGCAGUGAAUAAGCUAGAGGAUACGAGGAAGAUGAUGCUGGAGCAGCAGCUGGCUGGCAUUUGGGGGGACGAUUCGGUGAACAACAGCGGGAAAACUAGUCCGGAAACUCUGCCUCAUACCCCCCACAACGGCAACAAAUCCCCGACCGCCCAGAGCUGGUCCAGCAGCCAGUGGAAACCGGGUCCCCCACCCCCACCGAUCGGCCCCACCGGCCCCACAGCACUGCCCCCGGUGCCCCCGGGCCCCGCUCCUCCACCGCCAGUGGUGCGGCCCCACCAGCCCCCUCCACCCGUGGAACCGCUCAGGGAGCCGCUCAGGGAACCGCUCAGGGAGUCGUCUUUCGCGGCGCAGAGGAAGGAGCGGGAGGAUUCAUUCAGGGUUAUGAGACAGGAGAGGGAGAGCUCUUUUAUGGCGCAGCGGCAAGACAGAGAUACGUUCGGAGUGCACCAGAAUAGGAACACCAAAAGGAACUCCUUCAGCGCCAACUGGGAGAACCAGAGCAGCCUCACGCAAGACACCACCGACGAUCCCUCUGGCUGGGGCAAAGACCUCGACAAGCGCGACCAGCGAAGGGACAGCUGGGACCUCGGAGAGACAACCAGUGAUGCUCCGAUGGACGCUAGACACGUGACGGAAAUGUGGGACAGAGAGGAGAGGAGGUUCGAGAAGGGCAAAAUGAAUGUGCGCAAAGAGCAGACGAACCGCGAGCCGAUAGAGAGGCCGACUUUCAAGACGCACAUGUUCAAUAAGAGCGCGCAAGAGCGGGAGAAGAAGCAUUCAGUGGCGUCCACACAGAUGACAGAUAGAACUGAGAGAAAUGAGGUCCAAGAAUGGCCGGAAUUCAUGCGCCCAAUCUCCACCCCCCCACCGAAAUCCCCCACCCCGCUCCCUUUUCCACACUCCCCCUCCAAACCCGCCUCCCCUCAAACCCCCUCCAGACUCCUCCCCCUUGGUACCACCCCCUGCGUCACCUACAACCGCGUCUCCUGGCUACUCAGGGUGCGCAAAGAAGUCUUCUCCCCAGCGGAGCCCCUGGGACCAAUCAACGCAAUGCACCUGAUCUUCUGCCAGAUAGCUGCGGAUGUUUAUGGAUUGACGUCCUGUCUCAGGCUGAGCCAGAGCGAGAAGAGGGCUGGGGUGAAUAUGCUGUCUGGGUAUGGAGUGACAGCUGAGAACUUCGACCAAUCUCAUCGGGCUAACAUCAAGAGGAAUGUGAUUGAGUUGGCCAGGACCUGGCCGCUGUAUUUCACCAGGCUGUUUGCGGUGUCUGGAGCUGCCCAGCUCGCCGACAUCCAAUUCGUGGCGGUAUCCCAUUGGGGCGUACAUCUAGCCAAACGGGAGCAGAACCACCUCCAGGUGCUCAAGUCGUUCGCUCUCGGCGAGAUAGCGUCUUGCACGGCCCCUCGGCCGACUAGCGUCAUCCUGGACGGGUCUCAAGGUCGCUUGAGUCUGCACACCGCCAGGGCGCAGCAGCUGUCUGAGAUGGUGACCAGGUUUUGCGGGGAGAACAGAAAGAUUCAGCAAAAAGCCUCCCGAGAGGCCUCAUCUCCGCAGAGAACACGAUCUCCUCCUAUCGAGCGGCUGGAGAUGAUCACCAACAGUCCCAAAACGAACCGUUUGAUCGCGGAACCGCACACCGUCAGGCAGUCUCCGAGGACAGAUGACGAUCACUCGCCUGGAAGUCCAACGCCACCUAGCGGGAAGUAUUCUCUUAUGCAGUUCGCCCUGAACAACUUCAGACAGAGUACUGAUUUGGAGGUGCUCAAGAUGGACACCUCGGUGAAAAACAAGGAAAAACGGAAAGAGUGGACGUGGAAACAGCAGACGGAUUUGAUCAAGUGGCAGGGGACCCCUAUCGAUGGUCCUCUACUGCGGAUGGAGGAUCCUGAGCUGGCGCCCCUGGCAGUGGAGUGUUUCGAGUGUAUUUUGAGAUAUUGCGGGGAUAUGCCUUUGACACCUGAUAUGUCCGAAGUGAAGUGCGUUUAUACCGUUUUGAUGCACUGCCACAAAUUCCCGCACCUGCGCGACGAAGUUUACUGCCAGCUCAUGAAGCAGACCACCAGCAACAAGUCCGAGCACCCGGAGUCCUGUCAGCGCGCCUGGCGCCUGCUUUCCAUCGUCGCCGCCUACUUCGCCUGCUCCGACGCCCUGCUGCCCUUCCUCGGCGAGCACCUGACCGGCGCCGCCGACGACAGGCGUCGCGUGUGUCACGGCACCGCCGCCGUGUGUCUGGCGAAUUUGCGGAAGACGCAGAGAUGCGGGGGCAGGAAGAACGUGCCCUCGGUGGAGGAGGUGACUGCUGUGAGUGCUGGAAGAAGUGCCCGGAGGCAGAUUUACAGGCUACCUGGUGGUGCUGAGAGGGUGGUGAACACUCGUUGCAGUACCGUCGUGGCGGAUGUCGUAGCCGAACUAUGUGCCCUGAUUGGCGUACCCGGCGAGACGGAGCGACAAGAGUUCAGCCUGUACUGCAUCGUCGAAGGAGAUGCUUUCACGAUGCCCUUGGCUGCUGACGAGUACAUCCUGGACGUGACCACGGAGCUGCACAAGGCGGCGCAGCCCUUCUAUCUCAUAUUUUGCAGAUCCGUUUGGUACUACCCCCUGAAACUCGACGCCAGCCCACUCUACACCGAGGUCCUCUUCAACCAAGUAGCCCCCGACUACCUGGAGGGCCUCCUCCUUCGCCUCGGCAGCCCCAACCUCCCUCCCAGUAUCGUGAGGGACAUGGCCCUCGUGGCGGCCCUCCUCCACCGCGCAGCAGACUUCGGCCACUCCCCCAACCUCAAGGAGGUCAAGUACCUCCUGCCGAAGCCCAUCCUGGCCCUCAGGGAACCUCGUCCUCCUCAAUGGUUAGCCCUGGUGCAGACCUCUUGGGGACAAGCGGCAGGGCUGGCGGUGUCCAGGGCUAAGCACAGGGUUUUGCAGGUUUUGAGCAACUGGUCGCUCUUCGGGAGCUCUUUCUUCGCUGUGAAGAGGGUUCUCGGCGAGAACGAGAACUGGCAGGAACAUAUCCUGGCGUUGAACAGGAACGGAGUGCAUUUCCUGGACAUGACUUCUCACGAAACCAUUCAUCAUUGGCCUUUCGCUGAGGUUAUUAGUACCAGGAAGGUGAGGUCGGAGGAUGGGGCCUUGUUUUUGGACAUGAAGUGUGGUAAUUUGUUGCAACAGCGGGUGACUAGGUUGCAGACUGAACAGGCUCACGAGAUUUCGAGGUUAGUUAGGCAAUAUAUCAAUUUGGAGCAGGAACAUAGUACCAGGCAUGUUCGUUGAGGGAUGUUGGAGGGAUUUUAGGCCCUUGUACAUAAUAUGAUAUUUCAAUGUCUUAGUCAGUUAUUUUUAUGUAUGAUAGGUACUUUAUUUGUUAUAUAGUGUGUUCCCCACUCUGAGCAACACCACUCUUGUGAUUUUCUAUUUGUUGA